AAUCAUGGCAGCUGCCUUGCAUCACUUAUUUUAUUUAUCUCAACUUUGCUAAAUAAGUUUUAAUUGUUGUUUCGCUUUUCAAAUGGAGCGAUUACGUCAUGAUAUAAAGUAGUCAUAAGUCAGGUUUACUCUGAAUGAUUUGCGCUGGCAUGUCAAAGUCACCAAAAUCUUCACCAAAAACGUCACCAUUUUUACAAAUCCGUAACCAAGGAAUCCGCCGCAAGCACUGUGCAAGUAUUGAUGAACGUGAAGAAGAAACCGAAGAGGCCACGACCGUCUUCAAGGGUGACGUGAUUCUGGGUGUGCGGCUUGCAAGUGAGUCAUUUGCGUAUGACAGGUCGGCAGACGUUGUGCUCGGCACGGUGGUGUUGGAGUCGGAGGACGUGCCUGCGACAUGGCUUCGCAAACAGCUGAGAGAGCAGCUCCCCAGCCUGCCAUCACGUUUCGGCUUCCUCACCAAAGAAGGCUGGCCCAUUACCCCGCAGCAGGAGCAGAGCAUACGAAUCUUCGCACUGCCAGAUGAGUCACGUACAGUGAGAAUACGACACCUAUAUGAUAAACCAAGGAUAGGAAUUCGGAAGGCAAAUGAAAGUUUUGUAGGCUUCGUAUUUGCAGAGCACAACAGUAAACUCAGCCAAUUACGCAGCUGCAUAGAUGAACAGAUUGCUUCACAUAGACAUCGGCACGUACCCAGCACCCAAGUGUACCAAUUUGUCGACCAGAACACCUGGCCAAUCAGCACUGAGCAGGAGAGUCAGCUGACCGUGCUCGAUGUUCUCAAUGGUGCAAGCGUUUGUAUUCGUGAGUACGGCUCGGAAAACUUUCCCAACAAUGUGCGUGAGACCAGCCCUGAGGAGAGACGUGGAUUACAACCCGAGCCUAAUAACAAGACUUCACUUUCGAGGGGGCUGACGUUCCGGUCAGGUAAAGAUGCCGCACGCAGCUCGGCGGGGGGAGAACCAUGUCAGUCCUGCGACGACGAUGGCAAGGAAAUAUUGAUUAGCUACGUGCGUGCGGAGGCAGCCCACCAUGCCGUAUGCCUCAAGGAGGAGCUGUCUGCUCUCGGCUUCAGUGUUUACCUGGAUGUGGAUGAAAUAAAGACGGGAGUGGACUGGCAGGAUGCCCUAAACUAUGCUGUCAGCAACUGUGAAGUGCUGGUCCCGCUAGUAACGCCACACUACGGUGAAACACAGUGGACAAAUAGAGAGGUGAAGUUAGCAGAUGUGCUGGGCAAAAGUGUCAUCCCAGUGAGCUUUGUAAAAAAGUGGCCACCGCGAUGUCUCGCAAUACAGUUUGCCACGACACAGUUCAUUCCAUGGAAGACACAAGAGGAAAUUGAUUUGGCUAUUAAGAGAGGAAUUGAAGAUGCAAUUGACAUAAAGAUGUGGGACAAACGGUACGUGCGCUCAGUGGCACGUGAAUUAGGAGAACUGGUGCGCAAUGAUGGCCAGCGAAACCAAACCAGACUGAGAGAUUCCAGCAAACGGGUGUCAAUGCUGAGGAGUUAUCCGGCAUUUUUACCUGACAUGGUUGACGGACCCCUUGAGGUGAUGGAGCCACGAGAGGGCAAGCCACUUAUCGUCGUUGGACUCCACCCUGAUCAGAACAUGUUUGGUAUUACUUUAAAGUUUCUACUGGAAGGACAAGGUUAUGAGGUGUGGCUGUCAACUCCUGUUGAUGAGGUGGAUGAUUCACAGUUGCCUCCAUCUAAGAUGACAAGAAGUGUCAGUGCCGACUACAGAGGUCUGAUUCACCCGCUGCUGAAGUUCACACCGAGUUGCACAAACGUGCAGAGAGACUUUCAGAGCCGGGCGGAUCAGGCUGGUAUUGUACUGUUUGUGCUAUCUGCUGCAUUCGCUGAAUCAAAAGUCAGCAAGGGUCAAGUCUUCUAUUGCGAGCACCGAAAGUACGUGAUCCCUAUAAAAUACGAGGAGUUUGAUAUGCCUGGUUGGAUGAACAUGCUCAUUGGGAGGAAGCGAUAUGAGGAUGCAAGGCAGGAGAACUUCAAGGAAUUAUUGUCAUGUCGCAUCAAGCGAGCACUGGAUCCUUCGGCACGUGUUUCUGAGACGUAUGAGAUCAACGAAGCCAAGCUGGCAUUCAACUCCCGCUUCCUUAAGCAGACUAUUGACGUGGAGGUUGGCAUAGAGAACUGCGUCUACAUCUUUGGCAGUGUCUCGCCCCGAAGCCAGCGCUCCAAGGAGUUCUGCCGGAUCCUCGGGCAGAAUCUGGCUGGAAUUGAGGUCAUUGGCGUGGCAACGGGGGGCGAAUUUGGUGUCAGCGAACUAGUGGCUGAGAGCUUUAUUGAGACAAGAAAAAAGAUGAAGAAGCUGGCAGAUGUGUGGCAUGUUCUUCCAGAGAGAGAACCCCAGAACUGCAGUCAGAAGGCACGUCAGAACCCCGACCUUACGUUUCAGGUUGUGCCGUACGGUAACACAGUGUUCAGCGGCGAGAACUUUGAGGAACGAGAGUCGAUCGUCGCGCGGGUGUUCGAAAUCGCAAUUCUCAUUGAAGGUGAAUUGGAUGUUGCGCAUGGAUGUGUUGAGUUCUUGUGGAAUGAUCACUUGAUCAUUCCAAUCAGGUGUACAGGUGGUGCUGCAGCAGGCAGUUUUGGUGUACCAACAAAAAUAUUUGAGAUUCCAGCAGGAGUGAAGGAAGCUGAUUGGCAGCUGCUGUCUGAUAACUCAGCAUCCACAGCGGCUGUUGCCAGGGCAACUGUCAACGUUAUCAAAGAUCUCCAGCUCACGCUGCAUGAUUACGAGCGAAUACAGAUGGCACCAUCGCAGCCGCGUUUGCGGAACAGGUCUGUUCGGCAGAGGAUCUCAAAAGCUAGGCUACAGAGCAUGAACACUCUCCUUCUGGAUGAAUAGGAGCUGUGAUCACUGCAGCCUCCGAUGCCUGUUACUAUGGAAAUGGCCUCAUUAUGACUUGGUUAAUGAUGAAUUCUGUAUGGCUUUGUGCCUAGUGAUGCACGUACCAACUGUAUACACAGGAUUUUGAGCUUCACCGUGUUAACUGUGCUUCACUGUACUUCACUUGAGCUGAGCUGAGCUGAGUUCACUGAGCUUCACUGUAAUAACUUUGUUAGUGUGAUCACUAGGUACACAACUCUGCUGGACCUUUUCAACUAAAAUCUUUAUAUUAAAGUUUCUUUCUCUUGUACACAUUUCAGAGCAAUAACAGGCAAUGCAUGUUUAAGUAGUCUGGUGAUUCGUAGGUUUUGUGCUAGUCGUGCACAGUAAUAUUUGUUUUUAGUAGAUGUAAGUAUAGUUCACUUUCUGCGUGAAAAGGCAUCUCAUUGCAUGAAUAUUGCAAUGUUUACGUCACAGCACAAAAUAAGCACCAAAAUUAUUUUGAGAAGUAAUGGACAGUUCCUUUUAACACUUCGUGGCAAACAUCCUCACGUAAAAAACCAGCGACAGUCUACAUUUUCGACACGAUUUCGACACGUUCUCUUGGUUUUGUUACACUACAUAGAGAGCAAGUGCAGACGUGCCGCUGCUGUGCAUGCAGACGACUGCGCCACCACUGUGUCUAAUCGCAUGGCUGUCUCCUGACCACCACGUCACCCUAGUUACUGUAACCAUCUUUGUAGCUGGAAUUGUUCUAAUGUUUUCCCAACAGUUACUUACAGUGGUAUGGUGCAAGAAUAUGUCUUCCCCUGUCUUACCAGUUUUAGAACGAGAUUUUCUAGGGGUGGGUAUCGAGGACCAUCAUUUGACCAACAUGUUAGUGAAAACCUUUUCCAUUGAAGAUUCACUUCAUAUGUGGAAAGGGAGAUUUAAGGUAAGGCUAAAAGAGGGAGAGAUAGACAUAGAUCGAUAGCAGGGAGGAGAAGAAGGAGAGAGGGGGCUAUAGGGAGAAGAAGGAGAGAGGGGGCUAUAGGGAGAAGAAAGGGUCACAGAGAGAAACAGAUAAAAGUAGAGAGAGAGCGAGAGAGAGGAAGGGGGAUUAAGAUAGGAAAGAGCAGGGGUGAGUAUGAUUGGAAAUAAGAGGGGUGUACGUAUGUGUGAGGCAGUUGGUACUUAAUGCAAUGAAGGUAGAAGCAUGGUGGUCUAGUAAGGGUGUUUGGCGUUGUUUCCAUUGCAUAUAUCGGUGAUAUAUUUUGGGUACAACUGACUGUAACACAACUAAAUACUACAUCUAGUCUUUCAAUAGUCUAAUGGAUGAAACAGGGAGACUGUGCACUGGUGCACUUCCAUCUCUGAACAACUACUUUGCACGUUACAAUGCUUUCUAGACUUUUAACCUAUAUUAGAUAUUAGAAAAGAUGUAACACUGUAUCAGUCUUAGAUGCUUCAAAUGACAUGCAGUUGUUAUACAGUUUAAUUCGUGUUUCACUACUGCAUGUUUUUGUGUUAUACAAUUGCAUGACAACAGAAAUGGUUGAGACUAUAUAUUACAUCUACUACUUCAUUUUAUAGUAGUAUACUAGACUAUAUUCUUAUCCAGUUUGGCAGUUAGGUUUUAUGUUAUUCAUGCUAGACACGUGAUGAACAUUUAUAGGAGAUUGAUGGGACUGAAAAUGUUGUGAAGAAAGAAAAUGUGUUAUAUAUCAGAUUUGUACAGUAAGCUUAUAGUAGCAAUAUAUUUGCUUUUUAUACCGAAUAUUUAGUAUGGACCCAAUAACGUCUUAGAUGUUAAUAGGCUCCUGAUAUUAUCCCACUCAUCGUGACAAGUGUUGGCAAAUGGGUAAUGAUGUAUGCAUGAAUUCUUCUGGCCUCUUUCUGGCCUGUAGUAAUCGGCGUGUCUUAACAGCUGAUAUACUGGAAUGGAUGAACUUUCUUGAAUGUGCAAGGUUCGAAUCUUUGUGGGUGAUGAUGAUGUGGCAAUACCAAUGUGGUUCAUUACCUGUUCCAUAACCCUAAUCCCAAUCAGCAGAAACUUGAGUUUAGUAAUGUUCAGUGACUGUUGUAAUUAAUUUGAAGAGCUAAAGCUGCUAUAGCCUACUGUUUGGAUCGUCACUAGAUUAGAUCUUGACGUGUUUUUUAACGUGUAUGAUCUGUUUGUUUUUAUAUAGACACUGAUUGUGAAGUUUUAUGUAUUUAAUACGGACUGUUUUCACCGAUGACAUUCAUUUAUUCACUUCACUUUAUGUGAAAAACUUAUAAAUGUGCCAAGACUGAGGAAGAAAUUCUUGUUUGUACAGAGUAUUUUAAAAUAUGUAAAAAAAAUACUGGUACACCCACUAUCAAUUUUUA